CAUCAAGGUCUGGCGUGUGCACUGUCUAGAAAAAGAUCAUGGUGGAUGGUUUUAAAUAUCAGAACAAAUAAACAAAACCCAAUAUUCGAAUUAUGUUCGAAUGUUUUGGAAAUGUGACGGUGUGACGGAACCGAAAAUUGCAUAUAAACUCGCGAGAACCAGCAGGAAAAAGAGAGAAAAUUGGAGCGAAAAAGUGCAACAUAUGCAUUGCAUGCAUAUAUGCUGCGAUUUGCUCGGUAACGCAGCAUGGAUUGGGCUGGGAGUAAGUGCAUUUCGAGCUAUACCGGAACCGAACAAACAAGUUCUCGCGAACCAAAAGUGGGUCAAACUGGUGCUGCUGCUGUUUGUGGUCCCUUACAGAACGUGUGUUUGAGAUUGAAUUUGAGAAUCGCAUAAGGAAAGAGGCCAUCAUCCGUCAGCAGAAUAAGACGGCCGGGGCAUCUGAUGGGCGAUUCAACAAUUAGUCGCCGACGACGACCAGCUUCAUCAGCAUCAUCAAGACGACAACCGACGGACGGCGGCGACGGCAGUGAAAAACGAACUUGCGCAACCGAGAGUCGUUAUCGUGAUUUAGAUAAUUGAUUUGUAAAGUGUGUGCUAACUUCUAGCGGUUAGUCGAGGCCCUAUAUACAGAAAGCACAUCAACGGAAACAACCGACCAGCGACAAAACCUUUUCCUCCCGCUGAUUGUUGUUAGGUUCAUUUAAAGGGCCACUGAUUUUUUUUGGUUGUGUAGCUGGUAGCGUGGCAAAGAAAGCAACUUUGUGUCCUGGCAGCUACAACUAGCUAGUCUGGUCUGAAGUCUCACUUUCAUCGGUCACAGUUAGUCUCCCUUAGCUGUUCGUCAAAAUGAGUAUGAGUUCAUAUACGGAGAGCAGUUCCGAGGAAGACGAUUUGUCCCCGCGGGAUAAGGUACAGCAAAAUUCGAAGGGAUUUUCAGAUUUUUGUGUUCGCAACAUAAAACAGCACUCAUUUGGUCGGCAUGAGAUCGAAAUUGCCGAACAGGAAAUGCCCGGCAUUAUGGCCCUCCGGAAGCAAGCCCUCGAGGAUAAACCGUUGAAGGGGUCCAACAUAGUAGGAUGUACGCACAUCAACGCCCAAACGGCGGUACUCAUCGAGACCCUGAUCAGUUUGGGAGCCAGCGUGAGAUGGGCUGCUUGUAAUAUCUAUUCGACCCAGAAUGAGGUAGCGGCGGCGCUGGCCGAGAGUGGCGUUCCGAUCUUUGCCUGGCGCGGGGAAAUCGAGGAGGAUUUUUGGUGGUGCAUAGACAAGUGCGUCCACGCCGAAAACUGGCAGCCGAAUAUGAUCCUGGACGAUGGUGGCGAUGCGACGCAUCUGAUGCUGAAAAAGUACCCGGUCAUGUUCAAAAUGAUCAAAGGCAUCGUAGACGAGAGCGUCACCGGAGUGCACCGAUUGUAUCAGCUGUCUAAGACGGGCAAACUAACGGUGCCAGCUAUGAACGUCAAGGACGCGAUCACCAAGACUAAAUUUGACAGUUUGUACAGUUGUAAGGAAUCGGUCAUUGAUAGUUUGAAGCGAGCUACCGAUAUCAUGAUCGGGGGCAAACAGGUUGUGCUGUGUGGCUACGGAGAAGUUGGCAAAGGUUGUGCUCAAGCUCUGAAAGGGCUCGGAUGUAUCGUGUACGUGACGGAGAUCGAUCCGAUCUGUGCCCUUCAGGCCUGCAUGGAUGGAUUCCGCGUGGUCAAGCUAAAUGAGGUGAUACGAACAGUUGACGUCGUAAUCACGUGUACCGGCAAUAAGAAUGUAGUGACCCGUGAACACAUGGACAAGAUGAAGAACGGUUGCAUCGUGUGCAACAUGGGCCACUCGAACACGGAAAUCGACGUCAACAGCCUGCGGACUUCGGAACUGCAGUGGGAAAAGAUGCGUUCCCAGGUCGAUCACAUUAUUUGGCCUGGCCCCGACGGUAAGCGAAUCAUCCUGUUGGCCGAAGGUCGUCUAGUGAAUCUAUCUUGCUCAAGCGUAUCUUCGUUCGUCGCUUCAAUUACUGCGGCCACGCAAGCUUUGGCCCUAAUCGAACUUUUCAAUGCCCCGCCCGGUAGAUAUAAGGCCGACGUGUAUCUUCUACCUAAGAAGAUGGACGAAUACGUUGCUAGUCUGCAUUUACCGACGUUGGAUGCCCACCUAACGGAAUUGACCGACGAGCAGGCUCGUUACAUGGGACUCAACAAGGCGGGACCGUUCAAACCUAACUACUACAGGUAUUAGUACUUUUAUACAUAUUUAAUAGGCAAAUCACGAGGCAGUGAAAAGCAGAAAGUAAGUAACUUACCUGCUAACGAAAGAAAACGGAAUCCUUUGGUAUUACCAGUUGGUCGGGAGAAACUCUCGAAAUCUGAGGGAUACCAAGAAUCAGGCUGCUAAACGAUCGAUUUUAUUUUGUUUCUCAGAUGAUCCUACACAAGUAACAGUAGUGAUAUAAAGUCGACCCUGAUCUAAAGAAAAAUUAAACACAAAGCAUAAUGUUCAUCACUACUUAAAAAAAUCUAAAAAAAACACACAGGCCAAGUAGUGUUGUAGGAAACGUUAGGACUGUAGAUGAUAAUAUAAUAUAUUAGCAAGUGAGUAGGACAAAUAUGGAACCAGCUAUGAAAACAAAAACAAACGAAACUCUUCCGCUUCCACUGACGAUGCAAAGAAAGAAAAAUCAACUUGUGAAGGCAUAUUAUAUUAUACACAUUAAAACACACCGUUAAAAAGUGCAAAUUAUGAAAAAAAAAAAAAAAAACAUUUAAAGUAUUGUUUCAAGUUUGUUCCAUUCCGAGGGGAUAGUAACGGUUGGAAUUCAGUUCAGUAUAAAAAUGUCCGAUUGUAGGAUUAUGAUAAACGAAGCGCGCUAUAUGUUCACACUCAUUGCGGUGGCAUUCGGUAUCGAUAGAAAAAUCUAAUUUGCCCUUGCCCGCCUCAUUUCGUUUACCAGUUGAUGAGAAGUCAAUUAAAACGUUUAAAAUUAGAUAUCCCCACGCAGAGUUAAGUGUUACUUAAACUUAUUUGCUUAUAAGGAUGAUUCCAACACUUUAACAAUCUAUUCCCUUACCUACGCACCUACGUUGACUUGAUUUUAUUGAGUAGCUUAAAAUUUACAGAAAAUAUGUUUUUAAAUUUAUAGCAUUUUUUGCUUAAAACCUAAAUAGGUACUAACAUUAAAAUUCUUAAAUUGUUUGAAUUGGUUCUCCUAUCAGUCGCUAUGUAAAAUUUCGUUGGUAUAUGUUUUGACUUGACCUUCUGUUCAUACUAUUAUUAAUGAGAUGUAUUUCUUAGCCUCUAUCACUACGUUUAUGGCGUUUAUAAGGAACAUUUGCAUUCAACGCAAGUUCAAUGCAAUUAACAACAAUAAAUUAUUUUUAUAACCAAAAGAAGGUUAAUUAUUUAGUGCCGCGCAAAUGAUGCUUAUUGGCAAAAAGAUAAUUGAAGGUAUGAACCAGAAAACAUUGUCGCGUUUGUUUGGAGCAACAAUUUGUGAAAUAAACCAUUUUUGAGGCGCGUUUAGUAGUUUAA